AUGCUUCCGGCUUCGGACGUGCACGGCGCGUGCGUUCGCGUUAAGCGCGCGCUCCGUCGCGCUAAAUUUCCUCUCAACGAACGGGGGACUCGAAUCGACGCAGACGUGCGAAACGGCGCGGGGGAAUUCUUCGUCGCCGCGCUUCGUCACGUCCUGUGCUCGCGCUCGAGCGUGUCGAGAGAUAUUGGCGACCGCGGGCACGAUUUACUGGGGAUCGAGAACGAUUUGCGAUUCACCGAGCGCGCGUUUCGAGCGAUGAUCGACGUGUUCGGGUACAAGCCGAGAGUCAGCGCGUCGCAGUUCGCGUCUGCGAGCGGAUUCGCCGUGGUGAAGAUGACGACGCUAUUGGACGCGCUGGCGCACGUUGAAGCGUGCGAAACAGAGAUAAAUCGGCGAGAUCGAGAUGGAGUUCGACGUCCUGAACGGCGAGCGAGAUCGCGCGCUCGAUUUCCCAAACGAGAGUCGACGCAGCCGGCGACGCGCAUGGAGACAAGAUUCGUGACAUUCGACGAAGAUAGCGAAGACGAGAGCGUGAGAGCAUUUGAUGUACGCGCGUUUGAAGACUGGGAUUUCGUAGACGCGGAAGGAGGGGUAGGAAACGGACAUGAAAGCGCUCACCGCACUGCGCUCGAGCGUUCCGAUGGGACCAUGUACUCAAAUCCACAGUAUCUCUCGCCUGACUGUCGGGCGAUACCUCUUGAUUUCGAUCGGCUGGCUGUCGACACUUUAAGAGUUGAGUUUGCGGAGAUGUUAGGGAGGUUAUCGCGUGUGGAAAAGGAACUCACGAUCGUGACAACAAAGUAUCGCGAUUUGGAGCAGCGAAUCGACGUAAAGAUGGAGAAGGCUACAACAGUCAACAUGGACAACGACAACGACGAGGACGACGUCGACGAGAAAGAAAACGCCAUGAGUGUUUUAGAGUCGAGUCACUCUCCCCGAGAUCUAGCGAAUUCACAAUCUCCAAAAGAAACAACAGAGCAAUUCAUCAGUCGAUACAUCGAAAGGUUACGUGAACUAAGCGCGCGCGAUGAAUGGGACAGUAAAACAUCAUUCUAG